UGCCAAGUAGAGCAAAGAAUUAGAAAACUCGUCUGUUUGCAAGAUUUUACGUCGAAACAUAAGUAAUAUAUGAUUGGCGCUACUUAUCUUCAUGAACUUGAAAUUGACCAGAUACCAAGAACUCACCAUGUUUCAGCUGCUAACCAGCUCGUUGAUGAAACGGACAUGUACAUGUUUUCAGACAUGUAUAGGAGAACAGCGAAGACAAGCAAAAAUCCUAUUUGGUAUCAACUGUAACAAAGCUAUUAGUACUCAACAUUUGAGGUCUUUCACUUCUGCAUGCCUUCAGAAAUCUCAACUCGCAUGCUUCAAUGCAUUGCAUACAAGUCCAGUACUAGAUUCGAUUGGAAGGUUGCAACAUGGACAAACUACUGCAACAACAGCUGCAAGCUGUAGUCACUCACAACAUCGUCACAAGUCACAGUAUGUUGCUGGUGCUAGGUAUGUGGAGAUGCUGAAAGAAAAUGAUGAAGUUUGUGAAAAAGCAUUAAGAACAGGGCAGUUUGCAGUGUUUUAUGAUCUGAGGGCUUUCAUAGAAGGGGACAAGAUGUCAAAAAGAAUAAAACUUGCUUGGAGAGGGGCUGAUGACAUGAAAGAAGUCCUUGAGUUAGUUGAAGGCUUGGAACUCACAGAUGCAGUACUACUCAAUUCCACCAGAAAUGAUCUGGAUCAACCCGCCAGGUUUGCUAUCAACAUUCCCAAAGCUGAUGACACACUUCAGCAAUCGUUGGAAAGGUUGAUGGAAGCCGAGACAAUCGGAAUCAGGAGGGCGCUCUUCACUCUUGGCAGGGGAAAUAUCCAUGAAUAUCUUCAGGCCUAUGCCUUGCUGCAAUGGCAUUCUCUUCAAGCAUUCUGUUCGAAGUGCGGGGCUAAGAACAAGACAAAUCUUGCUGGAAGCCGCAGGAUCUGUUCAAGCUGCUCUGAAGUUCAUUAUCCAACGAUGAAACCAAUAGUCAUCACCUUGGUUACCAAUGGUGACAGAUGUUUGGUUGCUAGGCAACCGCAGUUUCCACCCGGGAUGUACAGUGCAUUGGCAGGAUUCUGUGAUAUGGGUGAAACAUUGGAGGAUGCCGUGAGGCGAGAGGUGGCGGAGGAGGUUGGUCUUGAAGUCAAAGACAUUACAUACUGUUCUUCACAACACUGGCCUAUCCCAAGCAGUGGUCUCAUGCUCGGAUGCUAUGCCUCGGUAAAGGAAGAUGAUCAGAUCUUGAUUGACAAGAAUGAACUGGAGGAUGCUAAGUGGAUGGACAGAGAGGAAGUACACCAUAUACUACAGCAGCCGCCGGGUCAAAGUUCACCAUGGUUCCCUCCGAGGCAUGCCAUCGCACACCACCUGAUCUCAGGAUGGGUGUCCAAGAAAUGAUCAUCCCCUUGCCAGUGUUUACAAGUCUUCCUUUUCCAACGGUAUUCUAGUUCAACUCAAGUAUCUAGUAAUUAUUUGUGCAAUUUUGCUUCAGUAUGGUCUUCACAUGUCUUGUACGUUUUUUUUUUUGGGGGGGGGGAAGAGGGAGUUAAAGUUUUUGAAAUGGGUUUGUGAAAAUUUUCCUGGCAAAUCCGAAAUGAGAUUUAUGGUUGAGUGAAACGGUGUACAUGCAUGUGAAAAAUUCUCCAUGCAAAGCCAAUUUUUUUUCACAAAUUCAGAGAGUUACUUAUUAUCAAUCCUGUAGAACGGAUGCC